CGAUUUCUAAUGCUAAACAAAAAGGAGUCGUGUCCAACGAUUCAAACAGAACGAAGGUGCGACUGAAAAGAAUAUCUUAGUCGUAUUGUUCCAGUUCAUACUUGAUGUGAAAUAGAAGAACUUGUCAUUGUUGUCUAACGUUCGCAACGCACGUGGCGACUUGAUGUGUUGUAUAAUGACAGAUAGCGCAUGUUGUGGUCUGUCGCAUUUUUAUUCAGUUAAAGCUGGCUUUUCAAAGUUUAAGACAAGCCACGUGAGUUACUUUUUCGAAAAAUUAAAAAUGAAGAUUUGUACUAAUGUGUUGUAGUAACUGUCAUAUUUCAAAUGGAAUACUAUCGUAGAUUACAAGCCAGUGUUUUCUGGAUUCAAGCUGCCGCGGUUUUGUGCUGCAUAACUUGUGCCUUUUGUAUUGAUUGCGGUGGCUACAUCACUAUCGACAGCAACAGUCACGGCGUCAUCAACAGCCCUAAUUACCCCUCGGCCUACCCCAACUACACCCGCUGCAUCUGGCUCAUCGUUGCCACCGAGAGUCACAAAGUGCAGCUGGACGUAAACUUCCAGGGUCAGGCUGCCGGCUCCGCCUGUGGAGAUUAUAUUCAGCUACGUGACGGCAGCGCUGAUGCAAACCUCAUACUUGACACGUGCUAUAACGUCAGUUUGUACAAUCUGACGUCAUUCAUAGUGAACUCUUCUGCCAGAUUUAUGUGGGUGUUCUUCAACAGUGACGGUAACAUCGCUACAACUGGACUGAAAGCCACUUACAAAGCCGUUUUUGCUGGUGAUUAUGUCAACAACGUCUCAUCGCCAGUUGUGGACUGCAAGUCCCACCAGUACGAAUGCUCCAACAAGGAGUGUAUCUCCAUGGCUUAUAGAUGCGACGGCUACGAGGAUUGCGGCUGCGGCGACGGCUGUGACGAAAGUGGCUGUGGCGGCAUGGAUAUUAGUUAUGCAGCUCGGAUGGCGAUGGGGAUCGGAAUCGGAAUCGGACUGUUUAUUCUCGUGUGCCUCGUUUCCCUGCUCUUGGAGCGGAAACACAACUGGAACAUGAACAAGAAUUAUUCGAGUGCACAAAACACAAAACAGACCCGGACUAAAAGCUAGCAACCACAAAGGAAAAAUUGCCAUAUUUUUGUUUUUUUCAUUAACAACUGGAUCGUGUUGUGUACUGAGACAUACAUGGUAUAAAUACAAAUACACACACACACACACACACACACACGCACAUGCACACGCACACACACGCACAUGCACACGCACGUACACACCACGCACGUACACACACACACACACACACACACAUACACACAUACAUAUAUUUAAAAGAUCCAUUUUCAAAUGGAUUUAUACCAGAAAAAUUCUAAUUUCGUUCAUCUGAAAAAUUGAAAAACUGAAACUUUUAAUUCUAUGCAGGAUUUUAUCAAUGCAAGGUUCUUUUACAUAUGCGUCGGAAGCGGGGACGGGUAUCGCCCCUCCCCCGCCCCGUCCCACCCCAGUCUGAAGCUGGUGUGGCCAAAUAUACGUUGCCCCUUCCAGUUGAUAAAUGAAUUAAUAACUAAUGACUAAACAACACACCCCCACCCGCACGCACCCCUACCCCCACCCCAGUUGCUAAUAAACUUCCGACGCCUAUGCUAUGAGACAGAAAAUGGCAACAGUAAAGAAAUGCCAUGCAGAAAUCGGCCCCGUUCAAGUUUAAUGUCUGUGGCGUGUUCAGGAAGCCGAACGCUGGCGACCAGUCUCACUGGUGCCAUCGUCUAAUGUUAUAUCACAUUCACUAGCCCUCCUGAACACGUUGAAGAUCGCCGCAAAUCAUCGCAGACCAGACGCAGAUAGCAUGUUCCCACACACUUCAAAUUUCAGGGUGGAAUCUAGCCCAGUCGGUAACAACAGCGCUCGCCUGAGGUCCUAUGAUCCCAGGAUCGAACGACCUCGGUGGACCCAUUCUUUGAUUUGGUUUUUUUUUAGUGCGCCACGACUAGUAUAUCAAACGAUUGAUAUGUUCUGUCUGCGGUAAAGCGCGUUUAAAAGAGCAUUUGUUACUAAUGGAAAGAUACAUCGGAUUUCCUCUAUACUAAAACGAUAUUACUAAUGGAAAGAUACAUCGGAUUUCCUCUAUACUAAAAUGAUAUUAUUAAUGGAAAGAUGUAUCGGAUUUCCUCUAUACUAAAACGAUAUUACUAAUGGAAAGAUACAUCGAUUUCCUCUAUACUAAAACUAUAUUACUAAUGGAAAAAUACAUCGGAUUUCCUCUAUUCCUCUAUACUAAAAGGAUAUGUUUUGAAACUUUGAAACUUGAAACAUGUCAGAAUUAUCAAAUGUUUGACAUCCAAUAGCCGAUGAUUUAUAAAUCAUGUGCUAUAGUGGUGUCGCUAAACGAAACACAUUUUAACUUUUUCCCUCCGUCGCAGACCUCCUGCUAAAAAUAUCUGCGGCAGCAGCGCUCUUACAUAUUUUAAUGGAACCAGGCUUAAAUGUAGAUUUAUUGUAGCGUAAGCGUAUAUUCUCUAAGUCGCAAAGUUAGAGUCUGUGAUAUUCGGUAAAACAGUUAUACCACACCUCAUUUGAAUGUUCAGUACUAUCCUGUUAGUUACCAGGCCCGUAGGAGAAAUAUUUCAAUUUGGGGAGGGGCGAGGGAGCUGUUUUAUCGCACCCGGGGGCAUAGGCCUGCGAAUUGUUUUCAUUGAAUGACUUCAAAUACGAUUUGCUAGCACCUAGAUUGCUAGAUUUUGGGCCAAAUUUACCAAGUCUACAUACAUUUACAAUGCUUAAUCACCUGCGUUUAAAGGGACAUUCCUGAGUUUGUUGCAUUGUAAGAUGUUUCCGACAAAUAAAAUAGUUC